CUUGAUAGACUCUCUGUUCCUGUCACCAAAAAAGUCCGAUAAGAUGGAGCUAUUCCAACAUUAUUCCCAUUAUCCCAACUAAAUUAAAUUUCAUACUCAGACCCAGCAAAAUUAUAAGCCUUGCUCGCUUCUGAUCUAAAUUCUAAACUUUCAACGAGAUGCAUCACCAUGGUGGUGAAUCAAAUGGCAACAAUGGCAAAGUCAACCUCACACACAUACUCGCUGCUGCUUCUUUGUUUGGAUUUGCUGCCGCCGGAGCCACCGCUGCAACACAUUAUUACAGGCGCCGGCCAAAGUCUAAGCCAUUCACAGAUCCAACUAUCAUCCCACGGCUAGACAGAACAGAAUCCGGCCGUGUUGGACAACUUGAAAAGUUCACUCAUUACGUAGCUAGGCAAUUGGGAUUUUUGGAUGCAAAUGAGUGUCCUAAGCUGUGCAAAGUAGCGUAUGAUUAUUUGAGAAAAUCAGAAGGUUGUGAAGGAAAUAUCUAUGAAUUGUUUGCCAAUCAAGAAAAUGCUGAUUCUCUCUAUGAAAAGUUGAUAGAUGAGCUUGAUAAAUGCAUCCUCACUUAUUUUGCAUUUCACUGGAGCCAAGCGUCUCUUAUGAUUUCCCAGGUUUUGAAUGUAGAGUCUGAAAAUAGACCAAAGCUCAGAGACUUUGUUUUGAAAGCUACAAGGAAACAGAGAUUUGAGAGAGUGACAAAGGACCUAAAGGCAAAGCAGGCGUUCUCAACGUUGGUGGAGGAAAUUAAAACAAUCAGAAGGGCCACGUCAAAUGGAUAUUCACAAUGUACGGACGUGAUGGUGCCAAUAGCCCACAGUGAGAGAAGUCCAGUGCUCCUCCUUAUGGGUGGUGGAAUGGGGGCUGGGAAGAGCACCGUCCUCAAAGACACUCUCAAAGAAUCAUUCUGGUCAGGCGCGGCUGCAAAUGCAGUGUUAGUAGAAGCAGAUGCUUUUAAAGAGACUGAUGUUAUCUAUAAAGCCCUUAGCUCUAUGGGUCACCACCAAGACAUGCUUCCAACUGCCGAAUUGGUGCACCAAAAAUCUACAGAUGCGGCAUCAUCUGUGCUAGUGACAGCACUGAACGAAGGACGGGAUGUGAUCAUGGAUGGGACAUUGUCAUGGGAGCCAUUUGUUGAGCAGACCAUUGCCAUGGCAAGGAAUGUUCACAAAUUCCGUUACCGGAUGGGGGUCGGAUACAAAGUUGCCGAGGAUGGCACUAUUAUCGAGGAUUAUUGGGAGCAGGUAAAGGAAGAAGAACAUGGACAAGAAAAUGGAGAGCUACCCAACAGAAAACCAUACAGAAUUGAGCUGGUUGGAGUGGUUUGCGAUGCUUAUUUAGCUGUUGUUAGAGGCAUAAGGAGAGCACUCAUGUCUGGUAGAGCAGUGAGGGUGAAAUCGCAGUUGAAAUCCCACAAGAGAUUUGCAAGUGCAUUUCCAAAAUAUUGCCACCUUGUUGAUAAUGCUAGGCUCUACUGCACCAAUGCUAUGGGUGGCCCUCCUAAGCUAAUAGGAUACAAGGAUGGAGAUAGCAAUCUGCUAGUGGACAACGAAGAAAUAGAGUGCCUAACAAAAUUGAGCAGUUUGAACCCAGAUGCAGACUCCGUAUACGAGCUUUAUGAGCAUCCAAGCAUCAUAUUCAAGCCCGGUUCUAUUUGGAAUGACGUUGUUUUUUCUCCUUCAAGGUCAGCCCUUCAAAUGGAGCUAAAAUCUUCCAUUCAAAAAUUGGAAAGUACUCGAACAACUUGAUAUUUUUAAGAUUGUUUGCAUUUGUAAUUACACAUGUAACAUUUCUUAUCCGAUUUUUCUUCUUUUUCACUUUUGUUUAAAGGAUUGUAAUUUUUUUUUUUUUUUAACCUAUGAAUUUGACCCAAUGAACUGAAAUGAAGUGCUGUUAAUUAAACGGAA